AUGUUGAGAAAAUUGUUUCCGUACAUCAAGGAAAAGCCAUUGAACGAGCGGGUUCAAUCGCGCGAUGCCUUCAUUUACUUGGAGCGGGUCAUGUGGACCUUUGGCUGGACAGAACCUUAUGAGAAGAGAUGGACCGGAGUUUACAAUGUUUGGUGUUUUAUGACAAGCAUUGUAUUCUUCAUUCUACUGCCGAUUUCGAUAGUCGUGGAAUAUGUCCACCGUUUCAGGAGUUUCUCGGUAGGGGAGUUCCUCAGUUCCCUUGAGAUUGGUGUUAACAUGUAUGGAUGCUCCUUCAAGAGCACCUAUACUCUGUUUGGUCAAAGAAAUGUGCGAAGGGCCAAACUGGUUUUGGAUCGCCUAGACGAAAGAUGCAGUCGCGAUGAGGAGAAGUCCAUGGUGCAUCGCUAUGUGGCCCUGGGCAACUUUUGCCACGUCCUGUACCACACUUGUUACUGGGUCUAUGUGCUCACAAACUUUGUGGGUUUUCUGCUGCUCGGUCAUCAUGCAUGGCGCAUGUUCAUCCCAAUGCUCAAGUCGGACGAACAUUUUCUGAUCUCCAGUGUCGCGGAAUUUCUGCUAAUGCUCUACGUGGUGACCAUGGAUCAGUGCUCGGAUGUUUGUCCCAUGGUCAGCAUGCUGAUGGCCAGAUGCCACAUCAAUCUGCUCAGGAAUAGGGUGAUGCAUCUUCGAUCGAAUCCAGAAACAGGCGCUGAUGAGGACUUGGAAGAGCUAACCAAGUGCAUCCAGGAUCACCGGUUGAUAUUGGACUAUGUCAACAUUCUGCGACCCGUCUUCUCGGGAACCAUUUUUGUGCAGUUUCUGCUGAUUGGCGUGGUUUUGGGCCUCUCGAUGAUCAACGUUAUGUUCUUCUCAACUUUUUGGACCGGGUUAGGAACUUGCCUCUUCAUGUUCGACGUUUGCAUGGAGACAUUUCCAUUCUGUUAUCUGUGCAAUAUGAUUAUCGACGAUUGCCAGAAGCUUUCCGACUCUCUAUUUCAAUCGAAUUGGAUGACCGCCGACCGACGCUAUAAGUCCACUUUGAUGUUCUUUCUUCACAACCUACAGCAACCUAUUAUCCUCACGGCAGGAGGAGUUUUCCCUAUUUGCAUGCAAACCAAUUUAUCUAUGGUAAAGUUGGCGUUUUCUGUGGUCACCGUUAUAAAGCAAUUCAACAUUGCCGAAAAGUUUCAAUAG